UCACUAAACAUUUCUCAAUAUGGCCAAGUUUUGGCCAUGGUUACUAGUUGCCUUUGCGAUAGGCGUGUUAGCUACUCAUGUCGCGGCUGAUCAUGACGAUCAUUAUGUUUAUGCGUCACCACCUCCGCCAAAAUAUCACUAUAAGUCACCACCGCCGCCAAAAUAUCACUAUAAGUCGCCACCGCCACCAAAAUAUGUUUAUAAGUCACCACCUCCGCCAAAAUACGCUUAUAAGUCACCACCUCCGCCAAAGUACGCUUAUAAGUCACCACCUCCGCCAAAGUACGCUUAUAAGUCACCACCUCCGCCAAAGUACGCUUAUAAGUCACCACCUCCGCCAAAGUACGCUUAUAAGUCACCACCUCCGCCAAAGUACGUUUAUAAGUCACCACCUCCGCCAAAGUACGCUUAUAAGUCACCACCUCCGCCAAAGUACGCUUAUAAGUCACCACCGCCGCCAAAAUACGCCUAUAAGUCACCACCCCCACCAAAGUAUGCUUAUAAGUCACCACCUCCGCCAAAAUAUGCCUAUAAGUCACCACCUCCGCCAAAAUAUGCGUAUAAGUCACCACCCCCGCCAAAAUACGCUUAUAAGUCACCACCCCCGCCAAAGUACACUUAUAAGUCACCACCCCCGCCAAAGUACGCUUAUAAGUCACCACCUCCGCCAAAGUAUGCUUAUAAGUCACCACCCCCGCCAAAGUAUGCUUAUAAGUCCCCCCCACCACCUUCUCCGUCUCCUCCCCCACCUUACAUAUACAAAUCUCCACCACCACCGUCACCAUCACCGCCUCCUCCAUACAUUUACAAGUCCCCACCGCCACCAUCACCUUCACCACCACCCCCAUAUAUUUACAAAUCUCCCCCACCACCUUCCCCAUCGCCCCCGCCUCCUUAUGUCUAUAAGUCCCCACCUCCACCAUCACCAUCACCACCGCCACCAUAUGUUUACAAAUCUCCACCACCACCUUCACCAUCACCACCACCACCGUAUAUUUAUAAAUCACCACCCCCUCCAUCUCCAUCCCCACCCCCACCCCCAUACUACUGAUCACCACCUCCGCCUUACUACGUCUAAGAAUGAUGCCAAGUAUUAAUGCAAGUUAACCAAUUAACUACUUGAAGCUCUUUCGACCGCGUUUGUACCUUAAUUUUAUGUUUUUAAAUCUUUAUUUAUUGCUCAUUUUAAUCAUGUUAUUUAUCUGUCAAAAGAAAGUGCAACUUAUAUCUACAUUCUGAGUUGUAAGUUGUAACUAAUGGUUGCCUGGUUGGUAUAUGCCAUAAAUUUAUUUCCUUGUGUUAUAUGAUUCCUAAUUUCCUAUAAAGUUUUCUGUAUUUUUAUA